AUGGCCGAUUUACUGCCUCCAGCCAGCGUGAUGGCCACCUGGCCCACGCCGAAUUAUGUCGACCCCGAGCACCGAGGGCCCGGUCUUCUCGCCACGAACAUUUUCUUAUGCUCCCUCUCCUUUGUCAUGACCACCAUGCGUGUCUAUACACGGGUACGGAUCACGGCGACUCCGGGCAUGGAUGACGUCUUCGCGAUCCUGGCUUUUAUAACGGCAGUCGCCAUGAGUACAAUUUCAUCACUCGCAGACGCCCGGUAUGGCUGGGACCGACACAUUUGGGAUGUCCCCAUGGAGUGGAUGCCCAAUUCACUCAAGUGUCGUAUGACUUUCCAAAUUACAUUCUCCCUAGCCUCCACCCUCACCAAGAUCUCCCUAUUGUGGUUCUGCCGUCGAAUCCUUGGAAAUGCCAUCAGUGGCCCUUUCCGCAACUUGAAUUAUAGUCUGAUUGCUUCCAUGGUUUUUCUGGCCAUGCUCUCGCUCGCUUUCAUCUUCGUUACCUUAUUUAACUGCCUACCGAUUAAAGCCUCAUUUGACUUGGCGCCAACUUACUCAUACCAUUGUCUAAAUGGCAAUGUCCUUGUUUUUGUCGCUAGUGUAAUCAAUCUAUUCACCGACCUUUUGACCACUGUUGUCCCGAUGCCAUUGAUUUGGAGGCUCAAGCUACCUCGGCGCCAGCGAAUGGCUAUCAUUGCCAUCUUUGGUUUGGGCAUCGUUGUCGACAUUGUAGGUUCGGUGCGGACAUACUAUGUAUGGCAAGAUGCAGUGGGCACCUGGGACUCGACAUGGUACGCAUGGCUGGUCGGUGUGACUGGCGCUGUGGAAAUCCACAUGGGAAUCAUCUGUGCCUCUGCACCAGCUCUCCGUCCUCUCCUGAAGACGGUUUUCCCUCACUUCCUGUCAACGGGACGCACGACUGACUAUGGAUAUGGAAACUACGGACGGAGCGGCAACAAUAAAAGGACAUGGCCCACAACGUCGCGGUCUCAACACUCAAAGGUGCAUGUCACGUCAAAGUCAGGCGACUUCGAUCCUUACUACAAUCAGGGCUCUGCGGCAGAACCUGUCGGGAUAAUCCGCACCGUCGAACUAGAGACAUUCGUUGAAGAACGCAACGAUACGGGCUUCGACGCGCACCAGUCCCGUAGCCCGAGUUCUGAUGGCUUGGCCUCGAUUGGUGGUAACGAUGCAUCGAGUCGAUCGAGCCUGAAGCGGUACGAGUCGGAUGGCGAAACUCCAUUCCGACAUGUGUCAUGA